CUGGCCCUGCACCCGGUGCCCGCGGUGUGCAGCCCCCCGGCCGGUCUCCAGUUGGGCUCGGUGGAGAAGCUGGCCCCCCCGCUGCCCCUGGGACGCUGCGCCCUGCCGAGGGAGGUGGGGUACGCAGGGCUGCGGGCAGGCGGCCCCGGCUCUCAGUCUAUGGAGGCGUUGUCUCCGUUCUUCAAGAAGAAAGCACAGAUCCUGGAGGUGCUGCGGAAGCUGGAGGAGACGGACCCCCUGCUGUGCCCCCCACCCUGCCAGCUGUCUCCCUGGCGGGACCCCAGCCACUCCCCUGCUGAGCCUGGCUCCCACAAAUCCCUAGCGGCCAGCCGGAGCCAGCCGGAGUCGCCGGUGAACGGGGAGGGGCCCCCGGCUGCCACCCAUGAGCUGUGGCCGUCCUGCCUGCUGCGAGCACAGAAUGGCCUGGAGGAGGUGCUGAAGUGGAAGGGCGAGGAGGGGGGGGCCCUGGAGGCCGAGGGGGGGCGCCCCCAGCUGCUCCCCCCACUGUGCUGCCAGCAGAAGAGCGAGGGCAGCUCCUCGUCCUCCUCCGACGAGACGGGGGAGCUGGGGGAGCUGGGACCUGUGGAGAAGGGCCCCCCGGGCGAGGCCCUGCUGAGCACCCUGGCUGAGAAGAAGCUGGACCUGGGCCUGUUGCUGGAGGAGACCGAGUGCUACCUGCAGCACUUCCUGAAGCAGGGCUGCCCGCUCAACGGGGAGCCAGCCGCUGCCUACCGGCUGGAGGGGCCCCCGGGGGCACUGGGCCCCAAGCCAGGGGUGCUGGGCAAGGCCCUGACCCGGGACAUGCUCACCGGCCUCUCGGUCAUGGGCAAGUACCAGCCCACGAAGCCAGCGUCGGGCCCGGCCCAGGGCAGCGCAGACAAGCCAGCUUUCGGCAUAGCCGCCGGCGGCCAGGACCUGGGGCCCUCCCUGGAGCCGGCCCUGGAGCGCCAGGCCUACAUCAGCGUCUGCCUCUCCGGAGACGAGCCCCCCGAGAAGAGUGCCAAGGGCUUCGGCCAGACCUCGGCUCAGGGCAAGCCCAAGCUGCAGCCGGGCCCCCCGUCCCCGGGCGGUGGGGCACUUCCCCUGCCCUCCCCCUCCAAGAUGGUCAAGUUCCUGAAGAUGCCCACGCCCGGGGAGAAGCCCCAGGGCCCCAAUCCUCUGCGCCUGAGCCCCCAGCUCACCCGCAGCUCCAAGAUCCCCUGCCGUAGCAACAGCUAUGAGCCGUGCCCCUUGCCCGUGCUCAGCCGCAGGGCCUCCCCCGAGGGGCCCGCGGUGCCUGCCUGCCCCCUGCCCCCUGGGGCCAGCGGCCAGGCCUCCCCCAAGGCUGGCAGGCACCUGGCCCCCGGGCCGGCCGAGGCCCCUGUGCAUGGCCCCCCAAAGCCCCACGACUACGAGAACGUCUCGGAGCUGUCGGUGGGCGGCCUGGUCUCCCCGCUGGAGCGGCCCAAGGGCUCCCACUCCACCCCGUCGCGAGGCGCCAGGCCAGACGCCCCCCACUGCCCGCCAGAGCUGUGCCCCUACGCCCCUGCCAAGGAGGGCCGGGAGCGGGGCGCUGAGUCCCCGCCGGCCGCCCGCAGGAGUGCUGGGGGCUCCGCCGGGCCCAGGAGGCCUGGGAACAGCGCUGGGAAGAAGCAGCUGGAGCCGGGACACCUGCCGUUUAAGGAGCGUCUCUCGGCGCUGGGGAAGCUGAAGGGGGCCGAGACCGGGGAGCGGAAGGAGGCGCCGGGCCUGGAGAAAAACGCCUGUCCUGGGAAGGCCAGGGCACCAGGCCGGCCCUGCGAGGAGGCGCUGGAGGCCAGGGCACAGCCUCGGCUGGGCGCGGGCGGCAGCCUCAAACACCAGGAGCAGUGCCACGGCGGGGAGCCCGUCGGGCGGUGCUACUCCUCUGGCUCGGUGGGCUCCCGGCUGGAGGCUGAGACCUGCUCCUCGAAGCACUACGCCGCCAAAGCCCGCCAGCCAGGGGCGCUGGGGGCAGCGGGGACCCCCCUGGGCCCCAGGAACCCCCCCAAAGCCCCUCCGGUGCCCCCGGCCAAGGGCGCCAAGAGCCCCCAUGGGAGCCCCACCAAGCUGCCCUCCAAAUCGCCCACCAAGGCGCCGGCCAAGGCUGGGGCUCCCCGCCCGCCAGCAGAGGAGCCAAGGCCCGGUGGCCCCAAGCCACCCCCCACACCGCCGCCCGGCGCGGGCCGCAAGCCCCCUGACUCUGCCAGGGCCCCGCCCCUGCCUGGCCAAGCUCUGCCCGCGGUCGGCCCCGCGCUGCACUCGGCCAUCGAGGAGAAGGUGAUGAAGGGCAUCGAGGAGAACGUGUUGCGCCGCCAGGGCCAGGACAAGGGGCUGGCGGGCGAGGGGAAGCCGAAGAACUCCAGCGGCAUCGCCAGUUGGUUCGGGCUGCGCCGGAGCAAGCUGCCCGCCCUGAGCCGGCGGCCCGAGGGGCUCCAGGCCAAGGAGGAGCGGAAGCAGUGGGGCGGGGCCGCCUCGCCGCUGCGCCGGGAGGGGAAGGUGGCGGCCUGCAAGCUGGAGGCAGAGAGCCUCAACAUCUCCAAGCUGAUGGAGAAGGCGGAGGACCUGCGCAAGGCGCUGGAGGCGGAGAAGGCCUACAUCAACGGGCUGGCGCUGGAGAAGGGCCGGCCCCAUGCCUGCGGCAUCCUCAUGGAGCAGACGCAGAACGAGCUCCAGGUCAUGUACCAGGAGGUGACGGCCGAAAACUUCAUGCAGCAGCUGCUGAACAGGGUGGAUGGGAAGGAAGCCUAUGAGAGCCGGCUGGAGCAGAAGAGGGAGCUCCGGGAUUUCCAGAGGGUCUCGCAUGACGCCAAAGACCCCAGGCUCUUCCGGCCCCCGCGGAACGGCAUCGUCGGCCACCUGCGGAGCUGUGAGGAGACCCCCGAGAAGAGCCCAGACCCGAAACUCCGGGAGGAAAUCCCGUCGGACGACAGCCUGGCCGAGUCAGUGAACUCCCAGCACUUCACAGCGUGUGGCUCCCUGACACGGACCCUGGACAGCGGCAUCGGC